AUGCCUCCCAAGAAGACCACCCGUCCUGCUCAGGAGAACAUCUCCCUCGGACCUCAGGUCCGUGAAGGUGAGCUCGUCUUUGGCGUUGCUCGUAUCUUCGCCUCUUUCAACGACACUUUCGUCCAUGUCACCGAUCUCAGUGGCCGCGAAACCAUCACCCGAGUUACUGGUGGUAUGAAGGUCAAGGCCGAUCGUGACGAGUCCUCCCCCUACGCCGCCAUGUUGGCAGCUCAGGACGUCGCCGCCCGCUGCAAGGAGCUUGGCAUCAACGCCCUCCACAUCAAGAUCCGUGCUACCGGUGGUAACGGUACCAAGACCCCCGGUCCCGGUGCCCAGUCUGCUCUCCGUGCUCUUGCCCGUUCCGGCAUGAAGAUCGGCCGUAUCGAGGACGUGACCCCCACUCCCUCCGACAGCACCCGCAGAAAGGGUGGUCGCCGUGGUCGUCGUCUGUGA